AUGCAAGUCAAACACUGCGUGUGCUUCUGCAGGGCUGCGCUGGAAAGCUGCUCGGGGCUGAAGCGUGCAGACGGUGUCCAUGCAGAGAUGAGCUCCCGGGAAGUCAUCAUGUGCGGCAAGGAAGAAAACCAAAGGAAAUGCCACAUUUCUGAACAAGAUUGGAAAAGUCACGUCCCCCUGACUGAGGACAAGGCGAGAAUCGCAGAAGCAGCGAGGCAGAGCGCGCUGGAGAUCCUGAGAGACGCCGUGAAGAAGAAGGACCGUGUGCUCAUGGAGACGCCCCGGGACCUGAUUUCCUGCGACUCUGCAGAGCCCUCGUUCUGGAUGGAGCGGUACGCUGUCCUGAAGGAGAAGCGGGUGAGAGACCUCAUCUCGGUGCUGGAGGAAGCCAAGUUCAUGGGGGACCCUUCUGCACAGCAGUUGUACGCAUAUGUUUAUUCAAAAUCUGUAGACAAAACCAUUUAUUUGUGCCCGCUCUUCUGGGAGGCUCCGAGUCACCUUGCCAGAGGUUCCCAGCCAGGGCUUUUAAUCCGUGAGGCCUCGCACUUCCUGGGCGCUCGUUACAUUGCUGAGGAGCCAGACAGCAUCGAUGUUGCCUGCAAGGGGCUGCUGGUGAAAAACAACUCGACAGAUCCAGAUAGUCCAAAAUUUCUUCCUCUGGUGAAUGCAGUGUUAAAUGCCAACAACAUCGAGUAUGAGUUCGAAGUGACCCUGCGGCACCGGGGAGACUACGAGCAGGGCAGAUACUCCUGCUGCGGGGAGCCGGCGAGGAGCUCCGUCUGCGAGAGCGCCGUGCCUGACAAGUUCUUUGCUUCUCCGAGCAACCAGAGGCGAGUAAUAACGAGCAUUCCUGAAAUACUGAGGGGGAAGCUGCUGCCGGCCCGGGACAGACUGCAGCGGCACGUAGCAGCGCUUCGGACAAUUGCUGACACCGUGGAUGCGGCGCACAGAGGAAUGAAGAAAGCAAAGAUUAUUGGAGGCAUUUUCGGCAUUGUGGGCGGGAUCACCACCGUCACAGGGCUCUCCCUUGCCUCCAUGACCUUCGAGACAUCGCUGGUUUUCUGUUUCAUGGGGCUCGGUGUCUCCUUGGCAGGUGGCCUGACCAGUGCUGCAGCGAUCAGCAGCAACAUAUCACAGAGCCAAGACAAGAAGGAAAAGUUCAACGGGCUCCUGGGCCAGUGCCAGGCUGAGGUGCAGCGAAUUAAGCAGUACAUGGAGUACAUCUCAGUCCGGGUGCAAAGGGCCAAAGAAGCUGUCAACAAGACUGAUCGGCUGUUUGCAAUCCCACAGAUCGGGGCAGCAGCAGGGCGUGCUGCUUUCAAUGCUGCAAAGAUGGUCAGAGCUGGAGAGCUGCUGGGUAAAGCUGGCCACAUCACACAAUUAGCGGGAACUCCCACGCGCACCAUGACAAACUUCAUGCUGUGUCUGGACAUCUUCUUUGUAGCCAAGGACUCCAUAGAGCUCCUCAAAGGCACCAAAUCAGACCUGGCAGCCAAGAUCCGAAAGGCAGACGCUGAACUUGAGCAAGUGAUUGAGCAAGUCAACAACAUGAACAACACGCUGACUGAAUGAAGACAAGAGACACUGAAAAUCACAGACAAAUAAUGGGCCCAGAUCCAUGGGGACAGAGCAUCAACCCUCAACCUCAUCCUGUGUCACCGGGACCCAAAACCUUCUGUAAUUCUGUGCUUAUGGCUAGAAAGGCUAAUUUACCAGGCCUCAAGUUAAGCCUUAGAUUGCUUAGUUACUGCUAGUUUCUGACGAACUUUUCUGCUGUGCAAGUUACAGCAGGUGCCAACAGCGCACUCGCUAAACUUCUAACUUUGCUUUUGACAUCGGUCUUCUUGUCCCAGUUACUUUCUUUUCUGAUUGAUUGAGCCCUUUUAUGAUUCUGGGCUCAACUCAGGGCAGUAUUUUAUGAGUGCUGAGAAGUUUGGUUUGGCAUUUGGCUUCUGCUCUUGUUGAGAAAACCAGCAAGGGGAGACACCAGAUGUGCAAACCUCAGAAACAGCUGCACCAAGCUCGCUGAAAUCUUGGUUGUUUUGUUGAGCCCAUCAGGAGCCAGGGACACCGGCAUCACCCACUCAAUUCUCUCCUGCAUCGCACACCAUGAAGGGCCACCGAAGCCCCUACAAAAGCCCAGAGUCCAGAGGUCGCAGUUGUACAGAAUAUCUCAGCCCUCAAAACUGGAAGCACUGGCCGGGGCAGAGAAUGGAGAGACCACGGUGCCACAAACACCCAUGUUCCUUGCAACAGCAGAGCAGGAAACUGGUCUGGGGGGACACAACCCAGGAAGCCCAGCAGAUGAGC